AGGUAGGUACCUAAUGUACUUACACAGUACUUACAUUAUUGCUUAGGUACCUACUUACCUAGCAACCUUAUUAUACUUACUUAGCUUCAAAGGUUUGGUUAGUAAGAUACCUACCUACCAUAUGUAGGUAGAUAUCAUGGUAUAUGAAAAAUUAAGUCUUGAGGCGCCGAGCUCUCUCUCUCUUCGACCCAAGGGGAUGAUCUUUUUCAUAUAGCCCUUCCUAGCACUCUGCUACCAAUCUCGGCGUCUCCUUGUCAACCUAUACCAUCAAUAGGGUUUCUCAACCUUGCUAUCUUAAGCAUGGAUCUCCAACAAGGGAACCACCACAUGUUUCAAACUGGAUCCGAACCAUUUCCUAGGACUCUACCCGAUAACUGCGUUGAGUACAUGCUGUUCAUACUUGAAACUGCGUCCGAGCCUCGUGCCUUGUUGGCCGAACUAGAAAAUAUCCGUAGGAGUGCCAUGCAGUUGUGCCUGACCACAACCAAGGACUACAUCUGGCAAAGAGAUUCCUUCCAACUCCAGGUCAAGAGAGCAGAUGGAUUAGUCUAUCUACACGGAACGACAGAUUACGGCGAUUCCAUCGAGGAUGAGUGGCUAAUAGUCUACUUGCUAAGGACCCUGACCACGACUUUCCCAUCUUUAUGGGUUCGAGUGUUCGACAGUGAUGGCGAGUUUCUCCUAGUCGAAGCAGCCAACAUUGUUCCAAAAUGGCUGAGCCCAGAGAUUGAUAGUAAUCGCACUUGGAUACACCAGGGAAAGCUGAAGCUUAUUCCCCUGUCCGCCAGCUCGGGGGAGAAACGGCCUCUUACCUUGAUAGAAGCAGUCAGCUAUAUCAGACUGCACCCAGACGCUUUAGUGCACUCUCCAUUCAUAGAGGCUGAAGCAUUUUAUCGCCUGGAGAAGUAUCCGGACAAUAUCAGAGCCUUGAUGCAUCAUUCUCUCAUCACUAUACCCAGGAAGCUGGUAUUCAUUCUUCAUGAGCAGCCUGCAGCAAUCGCCCCGGCUACUGAGGCCUUUUAUUUACGAGAUCCCACGGCUUUGAAGCCACUGAUGACCGCGUCCCCGGAUUUGCAUUUCCCUCCCAAAGACUUAGUAACAGUUAGUGUUAGAUUCACUAAAGUAAUAUUUGCACAAUUCAAAUCUCAGCAAUUCACUGUGCCACCGCUUUGGAGUGAUAUUCUCAAGCGAACUCAAGAAGGCUCGAGUCCUAUCACGGAACAGGAACGAAAACAACUAGCCCGCCUUGAGCUAGGAAUGAAAGUGGCCAGCGGCUUUGAGAUCCUUGCUGCAAGCGCCAGUAAGAAAGAUAAUCGUUUAGCACGCGAAUUCGCAAUUCUUCUUGAAGAUGUGGAGGAAGAUGGCGACAAUGCUCUACCUACUGACGAGGACAUCACAACUUGGCCAAACAUCAACCGAGAAGAUGACGAGGCUUGGCUGAACAUCGAUUUCGAAGACUUCGACAAUGAGCUACAGGGGAGGCGGAGAGGCGGGGCGGAGAAACAUAAAGGGUUUGGCGACUCCAAAGCCCAAGCCGACCUGCGCAAAAUAGUGUCUCGUUUCCAAGACUUUCUUAACGACGAAACGGCAGGUAUUGAGGGAGCCGAGCUAGACGAUAUGGACGAAGAUAAUGAUAGCUCAGAUGAGGGCGGUGAAGGGCCCGAGCUUGACGACGACAGCAGUGAGGAUGAAGACAAAGCAGUCAGCUUUGAUGAGGACCAGUUCAACCGAAUGAUGAGGGAAAUGAUGGGUAUGCCUCCAGAAGACGUGACAGAUCUUCCAAUGGCGACCUCGUUGGAGAGAUCUCAUGAGAGGAAGGGAGACACAAAAGUGGAAGAUGAGGGCGGAGAAGAGGAGGAAGAUGGAGAAGCCAUUAGACAGCUCGCAGCACAGAUGGAGGCUGAGCUGAGAGAGUAUGGAGCACUGGGUUUGGAUGUCAAGCAAGAAGGAACCAGGGCUUUGAAUUCUGAAAAAGACCUGGCUGUUCAAUACAAAGGUGAAGAUGCUGAGGAGGCGGUCGAAGACAGUGGUGACGAAGAAGUUGACAUUGACUACAAUUUGGCAAAGAACCUCCUCGAAAGUUUCAAGAGCCAGGCCGGAUUAGCUGGUCCAGCUGGCAAUCUGAUGGGGAUGAUGGGGAUGAAGCUACCCCGGGAUGAAGAUGAAGAUGAAGAGCCGGAAGAUCAGAAGUAGGUAGACCUUGUAUAUAAGAUAAGUAGAGAAAGAAACCCCUGAAUAUCAAGUCGGUCUAUAUUGACCUUCACAGGUAGUUUCCCGGCUACGACACCCUUGUCUCGGUACGAGUAGGCACUGUGCUCGUCUGCCUACUGCAGCACGUAUCCCGGUAUGUAUUUGCUGCGCUGCAUAUGUAUCUAGGUGCUUAUAGGCGUGGUACCUAAGGCUUGAUGUUGGAAGUCUGUAUCUGCUUUUCAUAAUGAAGCGGCAGUAUGGGUUGUGAUGUGGUACCUAUGGAAGAAGGAUUGCCCAGGUGCUAGGUACCUAUUAUGGUACCUAAUAUAGAGGUACCUACAGGUAUUAACUGUAGGUAGGUAGGUAGGUAC